AUGGCAGCGGCGGGUGGAGAAGAGAGCGCCCUCCUCAGACUGAACGAUGCUCCUGCAGCUCAGGCCUUCAUUGACUCCUCAGACGUGACUGUCAUUGGUUUCUUUCAGACGGAUGAAGCUCGUGGAUAUAAAGAGUUUUUGGCUGCUGUUAAACAGAUCGAGUCUCUGUCUGUCGCUGUAUGCGGUGAAAAAGAAGUUUGGGCCAAAUAUAACAUCACUUCUGACACAAUCUCCAUAUUCAGAAAGGCUGAUGUUCAUCAAAAACACCUGCAGUUGUCAGAGGCAAAAACAAUUGAUGCUGACGGCCUUGUGCGCUUCUUCACCAUCAAUAACAUUCACUACAUCACAGAAUACAAUCAAGCGUCUGCGGUGGGUUUGUUUCAGUCGGAGGUGAAGACGCACCUGCUCCUCAUAGUCAACAGAGACACGUCUGAUUUUAACCAACUGAAGGAGAAACUCGGGGCUCUCGCACCAAGAUACACUGGCAAGAUGUUGUUUGUGCUGGUAAAUGGAAGAGAGAAAUCUAACGCCCGCGUGCUGGAAUACUUCAAUAUGAGGUCACGUGACCUGCCCCGCAUCGCCAUUUAUGACGGCCACUCGGACAGAAAAUGGCUCAUGCCAAAGGGUGAAAUCUCUGCUGAGCGUGUGCAGAACUUCUGUGACUCUUACCUGAGUGGAGAUCUGCAGAAGCAGAGCGAGGCGGAAACAUCUGAAGACAAAACUGAACUCUAA